AUGAUCUCUUACAUUCUGCUCCGAUUCCAAAUAUUUUAUAUUAAACAUCUCGCCAUGGCUCAACCUCAGCCCCGCCGCUUCGCCCAAAUCGUCCACCUUAAGCCCUCCGCUGUCGCGGCAUACAAGGAGUGUCACGCCAAUGUCUGGCCUGAGAUCCUCCAAAAGAUCAAGGAGUGCAACAUCGUAGACUACUCAAUCUACUUCGAUAACGAUCGGACUCUAUUCGCGACUUUCAAGUAUAUCGGCACAGACAUCGAAGCUGAUAUGAAGAACAUGGCGUCAUUGCCGAAGAUGAGAGAGUGGUGGGCCAUGACUGAUGAGAUGCAGGAGAGCCCUAUUCCCGGAGCCGUGAGCAGUGCUGAGGGUCCAGGGUGGUGGAAGCCCUUAGACGAAGUGUUUCACACAGAUUAG